AUGCCGGUGAGAACACCUCGAGUUGAUCUCUCAUCUCUCAUCAGGCACGCCGUUUUGGCAUUCCUCGUGAUAUACCCAACCACCGCUGGGGCAAGUUGUGAAUGUGGCUUCGUCAUCAACGAUACUCAGGACUACUACACUCACCUCAUCCACAACAAUUUCAGCACCUACUCGCCAACAAAGCCACUAAGUACGAACCCCAAGUUUACACGUGACUGGGCAAUUCAGAAAUGGGGGUUGCCGGUGAUGAACUGGGCGACACCCUUGCCUAUACUCAACCGUCCUGAGAAUGUAUAUCUUGAAAAUGGUCAGUUGACGCUGCGGCAAGAAGGGUAUUCGAAGGAGUCUGUACUGUCUGCGCAUAACGUUAGCGUAGCGUCAAUCGCCAGUCGUGCUUCCAAUAUCUUGCAUGGAAGCUUUCGGGCAGAUAUGAUAAUGGAAAAUGCUUCGGGAGGCAGUGUGGCCGGAUUUUUCUGGUAUCGUGAUGACAAAAACGAAAUCGAUAUCGAAAUCCUGACGAGAGAGUUCAAGCCCGACUCCAUGUUGGUUCAUUACACCACGCAUCCGGCCUUGGAUGAUCGAGGAUGGCUGAUUGAUAAUGCAACUGAGAUCAUUGCGUUAAAGGGACACCGGCCAGCCGAGCACUUUCAACUCCAUCGGUUUGACUGGACAAAAGAAGAGCUGCGGUUCUACCAAAAUUCGAAGGUAGUGCACACCAACAACCUCCGCAUUCCAAAGGACGAAGGAAGCGUUUACUUGAACCUCUGGGCAGACGGGGGGAUGUGGAGCGGAUCUCCAAGCACGACUGACGUGUAUCUCCGAGUCAAGCAUCUUUCGAUAUACCACAACACCAGCGCAAGCGAGAACGGGACGGACACUGCCUUUUCCAAGCGGUGCCAGAGGGCUGGUGGCCUUUCAACUGAGACCGUAUGCUAUGAUGUGUAUAUCAAUAGCGGCUUGCAGGUUCCAUCCUCCAAGAGUAAGAGUCUGGCGCCGCCUCCCUUUUGGAUGGUAUUUCUUUUCUCUCUCGCCCUGGCAACCGCCAUCACUUCACUAACUUACAGUGACUUCCUGCUGUAA